AUGAACGUCUUUGUCUUUGUUCCAGUUCUGGAUCCGGGGGACGCGCGGCCGGUGAAGGUGAACGCGGCGGAGCAGACUCAAUCCAAGCAGACCUCCGUACAGUUCAUAGCCGAGGAUGAGGAGGGCGAGGUGCUCGAGUGUCCGCUCUGCCUGUCCACUUUCGGUGCGGCGGGGAUGGUGCGUCUGGCGUGGUGCUCCCACCGCUGCUGCGAGCCCUGCCUCCGCACCUACCUCGCGAUCGAGAUCUACGAGGCGAGGGUCCCCGUCAACUGCCCCGUCUGCCACGAGAACAUGCACCCGCUAGACGUGCGGCGCAUUGUCGACAACCCUACGCUGUACGACAAGUACGAGGAGUUCUCUGUUCGGCGCGCGCUUGCCGCCGACCCUGACACGCGAUGGUGCCCCGCGCCCGACUGCAGCUUCGCCGUGGUGGCGACCGGGUGCGCGUCGUGCCCGAAGCUCACGUGCCUGGCGCCCGGCUGCGGCGCCUCCUUCUGCUACCACUGCAAGGCGGCCUGGCACCCCACGCAGACGUGCGACGCGGCGCGCAGGAGCCGCCAGCCGCCGCCGCGCGCGCCCCAGCCCCAGCACCCGGACACGGAGCAGGGCGAGGUGAAGCCAUGCCCCCGCUGCUCGGUGCUGAUCGUGAAGGUCGAGGACGGCUCCUGCAACCACAUGGUGUGCUGCGUCUGCGGCGCCGAGUUCUGCUGGCUCUGCAUGAAGGAGGUCUCCGACCUUCACUACCUCAGCCCGAGCGGUUGCACGUUCUGGGGCAAGAAGCCGUGGUCGCGCAAGAAGAAGCUGCUGUGGCAGCUGGGCACGCUGGCGGGGGCACCGCUCGGCAUCGCCGUGGUGGCGGGCGUGGCGCUGCCCGCGCUGCUGGUGGGGCUGCCGCUGUGGGCGGGCAGGCGGGCGCACCGCCGCCUGCGCAGGGCUCCGCCCGCGCGCCGCAGGGCCGCCGUCGCCGCCGCCGUCGCCGCGGCCCUGCUGGUGUCGCCGCUGGUGGCGGGGCUGGCGGUGGGCAUCGGCGUGCCGAUCCUGCUGUUCUACGUGUACGGCGUGGUGCCGGUGUCGCUGUGCCGCGCGGGCGGGUGCGCCGCCGCGCCGUCGCCGCCCUACGACGAGGAGCGCGACGCCGCGCCCGACGCGCCCGACGCGGACGCCGCCUCGCGCCGCCUCGAGCCCAGCAUCGGCGACGCGUCCCUAUCGGCCGGCUCGCAGCAGGCGGAGGCGCGCGCGCCGUCGCUGGCCGCGCUGGCCGGCUCGCUGGGCGGGCACGAGGCGCCCUCGCCGGCCGCGCACCGCCUCGAGGUGACCGCCGACGUGGCCGCCUCGGACACCGCCAGCGCCGCCUCCUGGCCCGACGACCUGCCCUCCACCUCGUCGCGCUCGGCGCGCCUCCGCAGCCUCUUCCUCUACGGCUCCGCGGCGCCCCCCGACCCGGAGGCGGGCACCUGCCCCCCGCCGCCCCCCGCCGCCGACCGCGCCCCCACGCCCGACGCGUCG